UGGAGCCCCGGUCUAUCCUGGAGCUGUAGUCCGGUGUAGAGUUGCGGAGAGUCGGGCACAGGAGGAUGGAGGGAGCCGGUGUGCGGGGAGCGAUCUGUCUGAUCAUUCUGGCCGUGUGUGCGACGUGCAGCCGGGCCCGGGAACCCGUCCAACCAGACAAGCUGCUGGUGUUGACGGUGGCCACAGAUGAAACGGAAGGAUAUCACCGAUUCCUGAGGACGGCCCGGCAUUUCAACUACACUGUGCGGACGCUGGGUCUGGGUCAGCAAUGGAAAGGAGGCGAUGUGGCCCGUACCGUGGGAGGAGGACAGAAGGUCCGAUGGCUGAAGGAGGAGCUGGAAAAAGUACACGAGCAAGAGGAUCUGAUCGUCAUGUUUGUGGACAGCUAUGAUGUCGUCCUGGCCGGGAGCCCCACCGAGCUGCUCUGGAAGUUUCAACAGUUUGACCAAAAGGUGGUCUUCUCCGCUGAGGGCUUCUGCUGGCCUGACUGGUCCCUGGCAGAGAAAUAUCCGGCUGUCAGCAACGGGAAACGCUUCCUGAACUCUGGAGGGUUUAUCGGCUACGCUCCUCAGCUGUAUGACAUAGUCCAACUGUGGAAGUUUAAGGAUGAUGAUGAUGACCAGUUAUUCUACACCAAGGUCUAUCUGGAUGAGGAGCUGCGGGAAAAGUUCAGCAUCACUCUGGACCACAAAUCUAAGAUUUUCCAGAACCUGAACGGAGCCAUUGAUGAAGUCAUUAUGAAGUUUGAUAAGAACAAGGUGCGAGCCCGAAAUAUGGCAUUCGAUACCAUUCCCGUCGUCGUCCAUGGAAACGGGCCCACCAAGUUACAGCUGAAUUAUUUAUCCAACUACGUGCCGAACGCCUGGACACACGAAGGUGGCUGCGAGAUCUGUGAUGAAGACCUGCUGGACAUCUCUGACGUGGAGGACGAUGAUUUGCCCCAGGUGCUUUUGGGAAUUUUCAUUGAGCAGCCAACCCCGUUCCUGCCGGAGUUCCUGGAGAGGGUUGCCAGCCUGAGCUACCCACGGAACCGCCUGUCUCUCUACAUACAUAACAGUGAAGUUUACCACGAGAAGCACAUCCAGGCGUUCUGGGAGAAGCACAAGGACGAGUUCCCCAGUGUGAAGAUCGUGGGUCCGGAGGAGGCUCUGAGCCCGGGCGAGGCUCGAGAUAUGGGCUUGGACCUGUGCCGGCAGGAUGAGACCUGCGAUUACUACUUCAGCCUGGACGCCGAUGUGGUUCUGACCAAUCCCGACACUUUGUACAUCCUCAUCCAGGAGAACCGCAAGGUCAUUGCACCAAUGGUGUCUCGGAGUGGAAAACUUUGGUCCAACUUCUGGGGAGCUCUGAGCCCCGAGGGGUACUACGCCCGAUCUGAGGACUACGUAGACCUCGUUCAGGGUAAAAGAAUAGGUGUGUGGAACGUGCCCUAUAUUGCCCACACCUAUCUUAUUAAGGGUGAGAUUCUACGUAAAGAGCUGCUUCAUAGAAGUGUCUUCACCUUGGCGGGACUGGACUCCGACAUGUCUUUCUGUAAGAGCAUGAGGGAUAAGAGCGUCUUCCUUCAUAUCAGCAAUAGAGAUGAAUUUGGGCGUCUGGUGUCCACCUCCAAGUAUAACACGUCCCGUCUGCACAAUGACUUGUGGCAGAUCUUCGAGAACCCUGUGGACUGGCGGGAGAAAUACAUCCAUGAAAAUUACUCCAAGAUAUUCGAGGAGGAUAACUUUGAACAGCCCUGCCCUGAUGUAUAUUGGUUCCCCAUCUUUAAAGAAGUGAUGUGUGAUGAGUUUGUGGAGCAGAUGGAACACUUUAACCAAUGGUCGGGUGGGAAGAAUGAGGAUCAGCGGCUGGCUGGGGGUUACGAGAGUGUGCCAACAGUAGACAUCCAUAUGACUCAGGUGGGGUACCAGGACGAGUGGCUGAAGUUCCUGCAGGACUACAUUGCCCCCGUCACAGAGAAACUCUUCCCAGGAUAUUACACCAAGGCAAAAGCUCUUUUGAAUUUCAUCGUCCGCUACCGACCGGACGAGCAGCCCUCACUCCGCCCCCAUCACGACUCCUCCACAUUUACCAUCAACGUCGCUCUGAACCAGAAAGGCAUCGACUACGAGGGCGGCGGCUGCCGUUUUAUCCGCUACAAGUGCCUUGUGGAGUCUCCCAGGAAAGGAUGGUCGUUUAUACACCCUGGCCGGCUAACCCAUUACCACGAGGGUCUUCCCACCACCAAAGGGACCCGCUACAUUAUGGUGUCUUUUGUAGAUCCUUGACCCCGAAGAAUUUCCAUCCCCAAAAAACAAACAAAAAAAACCAGCAAGACCAGAAUAAUCCCCUGACAUGGCAGUUGGAGUGAGCUGCCGUAGUCCGCUGUACCCUUACUCUCUGACUGCCAACCAUGACUAUGGAUGGACCGCCAACCAACCAUGACUAUGGAUGGACCGCCAACCAUGACUAUGAAAGAACAGUAUGGUGGGGAAGAGUCACCGUACCACCAAAUCCGAUCUUCAUCAUCCCUACACUGCUUCGUAAAACGCAACUCUCCACAAGUCAACAACGGCAAGUUCUUCUGGGGGGGGGGGGAAAAAUGUAUGGCUCAAAGAUGAGCAAGUCACGACGUGCCUUACUGUCCACCAUGUCCAGUUGAUGUUCUCCUUCAAUACUUGGCUUCUUCAUGACCAUCUCACUCUUACCUCAAGCUGCCUUAGCUCCAUGAUAUUGGCUGUUCGCAUUAAUGACACAUCAUGGUGGUGGACUUUAACGUUGUCCAGUCACAAUAGAAGUGUACAGCCCCAUUGAGUGCCGGGAGCCCGCUCAAUCACGCUUUAACCAAAAGCUUCCGGUCACUUGGUAACAAUCGGCAGCCGGUAAGGCUGAAUCCCGCCAGCGGAAAUGUGUUUAUCUUACCAAAGUCAUGGGGUGUUUUUUUUUUCUUGCACAGAGAUUUAGAUGUUUGAACAUUUUCUGGGGAAAGGAACGCGUAUUUUUGUAGAAAGUGUUAGCUGGGAAGAAGUUCAUUCGUAUUAGUAUCACAGGGGAGCAAAACUGGGAGCCAUGGAGUCAUUUCUUGGGGUGAGGGAAGGAUUUCCCCCUUCUCACAUUUUAAUUGUUUUUUUUGCGAUUUUGUUGGCUUUGUACAAAAUGCUUUAAAUUAUUUGCUGCCUAAACAUUUUUUUAAGUAAUAUUAAAGAGAAUCAGUGAUUUACGUUUAAUUUGUUUAAUAAAACCAAAAACUUCUACAGGAAAA